CAUAAUGAAUUCCAUCCCUAAGAUAGGGGAUAUGUAAAGUAAUUUACAAUCUAUAAGUUCUAGCCAAAAGCAAACCCAAGAUAUAUAACAAUACAGGUUUGCCACCACUUCUUUCUCCCAGAAUCAAAAUUGAUCCAAUUAAAACAGCUCAGAUUCCCCAGACAUUUAGAUCAAUAUCUACAGUGAAGAAGAAAUCUAUUGAGAAGAAGGAAGACACGAGACCAGUUACUGACAACACACAAAACUAGAAGUGCUAUCCAUCAGCUAAAAAAUAGAGAGCAUAGGGACUCAUCAUUCGUAAACUCUAGAAUCGGCAAUCUAAAUUAUAAACUACAAAUUAGGAACCGCAAGAAUAGAUUCUCAAUAAAUUUUAAAGUCCUGCAGUCAGAAUGCUUGAGUUCCCUAUUAAUGGUAUUGAUUCCCUAUUACAUAGACUUCCACGAUGAUACAAUAAUAAAGGAAGAAGUGUCCCAACAAAUAGAACAAGUGACAGAGAAUAGAUUUACAACCAUGAAGAAUCAAUCAUUCUCUAGUUCUUAAAAGUUCGCAUUAGAAUCUUCAAAUUCCAAUAAAUAAGUCUAAGAUUCCUCUUCUAACUCUUAGUUUGAUUUCAGCUCUCAAAUGCCCACCUUCACAGAAGGGGAAAUGAUUGGUGCUGGUUCAUUUGGAUAGGUAUACAUAGCACAAGAGAAUAGAACAGGCAAGAUUUAUGCAGUGAAAAAGAUAAAUCUAAAGGGAGACUUUGAUUAGGAGGAUUUGAAAGGAUUGAAAAGUGAGAUUGAAUUACUUAAAAGAAUCAAACAUAAAAAUAUCAUCCGUUACGUUUGGAAUUGUGAAAAUGAAGAUUAUUGGUUAUUAUAUUUGGAAUAUUUAUCUCAAGGUAAUUGAAUUCAGUAUUUUAGGCACUCUGACCUAAUUAAUCGAGAAGUUUGGGCCACUUCAACUAAAUACAAUUAAAUCAUAUGCUGGAUAAAUAUUGCAAGCUAUAGCCUAUUUACACGAUAAUAAUAUUAUUCACAGAGAUAUCAAGGGAGCCAAUUUGUUAUUGGGAGUUGACGGCGAAAUUAAAUUAGGAGAUUUUGGAUGCAGUAAAAUCAAAGAGAAAACAAUUUAACGUUCUAAAUAGAGUGGGGAAAUCUUGCAUUCUCUCAAAGGGAGUAUUCCAUACAUGGCUCCUGAGGUAAUGUGAUAUUGUCAAUUUAGGUUGCUAGUUAAGAUGAGAAUUGCAGGGCUAGCGAUAUUUGGUCAUUUGGGUGUACUGUUUUGGAAAUGGCCACAGGAAAAAAACCAUGGUAUGAACACAAUUUCGAUAAUCCUUUGAGUGCUCUUUUAUAUAUUAUCACUGAUAAUUCACUUCCUCUAAUACCUGACGACUUAGAUCAAGAUCUACAAUCAUUUAUUAGACUUUGUUUAUAAAGGGAUCAUAAAUAGAGACCGACUGCCAUGCUAUUGUUAUAACACUAAUUCAUAAUUAAUUAAUGA